AUGGCAGUGAAACCCACAGUUGCAUUAAGAGCAAUUCUUGUUGGAGGCAUAGCGGCAUUUGCUAAAGUAGCAGGUGUAAUGAAGGCAGCAGGUGGCGUAAAGGUUGGUGCGGCUGCAGCAGCCAUGACAGCAGCAGCAACUGCAGCUAUGGCUGGUUCAAAACAAGAGCAAAAGGAUGCUUCUCAACAGCCUACAAAAUAA